UCUUCUUUCACUCUCUCCUCCCGUCCGUUUCGCUUUGCUUUCAACCUCGGUUUUUCUUCCUUAUACAAGAGCUGCCAGCUAUUCUUGAACAAAAAAAAAACGAGGGACUGCACAUAAAUUAGUGAACGAAAAAGAAAGACUAGAAUGGCCAUGGCAGCAGCUGUCAGCACUCCACCCGUAGCAACACCUGGUUCUAUAGGUUCACCUACACCUAAUUACCAUCCUUCACCUCAAAUCACCACACAUCGAAAGCGUAGGGAAGUGGCUUGUGUCUUUGUUGUUGAUGGCACGGCCCGUAUGAAGCCGUAUCUUGAUACACUUUACGAGGCUUAUGUUGAACCCAUUUUAAGGCAAUUGCGUCAACCGAUUAUCAUGGGCGACGGAGAUGAACGACAGUCCAAAGCAAAUAUAACGCCUGUGCUGAAAUACGGGUUGGUUAUUUAUGGCGAUUACGGACCAUCGUCGGCGGUGACGGUCGAUCGAAAGUUCUUCACGUCGGAUUUAAGUCUUUUCCAAAAGAUAUUCAAAAGCAUUGUGUGCGCUGAUGGCGGCAUUGUGCGCAAUGCUGUUGUUGAAGGUUUGGUGGCGGCAUUGGAGAUGUUUGACCAGUAUAAGGAAGAGGGUUUACAGGCGAAUUACGAAUCCAUGAUGCAUUGUAUUCUGAUAUCCAACAGCUUUCCUUUGAAACAAGCGGCCCAGUUCAAUCUUGAUAACAAGUAUGAUAAUUUCUCGUUACAUCGCGUUGCCGAGGAGAUGAAAAAGGAGAAUGUCCAUUUAUCGCUGAUUACUCCAAGAAAGGGCUAUAAAGAACUUGAAGACCUUGUAACUGAGGUGAAUAAACAAAAGACGGAAAUACAUACAGUGUCUGAUCCGGUCGCCGCCACUCAUGUCGUUAAACUCGCCGGGUUCACUUUACCUCCCAAGCAAAUUCCUGCAGCGCCAGCAGCCACUGCGACGAAUGUAAAACGAGAACUCGAAGGCACCUCUGGAUUCUUACCGACCGUAGAUACAUCAAAGAAACGACCCUCCGAAGCUCACGUGUCGGCCGCUUCUCCACAAACCACAGCAUCGCCAGAUACUAUCAAACGACGAAAGAGGGAAAACGUACCGGAUAUGAUUAGUUUGCCUAAACCGACGCUGGAUCCCUCAAAAUUCGCCGAAGCCUCAGCUCGUGUGGAUGCCCAGUUUGGUCAACGACAGCCGAAGAAGGAAGCAGAACCUCCGAGAGGGCCAGCGCCUGCCGCCGCAACAACAGCCGUCAAACCAUCUACACUUCAACAAGCAUCCGCUGAAGCUACCAUGCGAAGUCAACCGCCAGUGGAAGCCAACAAACCAGCUGAUAUGCGCAAUCAGCAAAACCCCAUGAUGUUGCAACAGCAAGCUCAGCAACAAGCUCAGCAGCAACAACAGCAACCAAGUCAACCGACAGCACCCCAGCAGCAGCAACAACAAGCGCCCCAGCAACAGCCUCCAUCUCAACCGCAAUCACAGCAACAACCGGCUCAACAGCAGCAACAGCAUCCACCGCAGCAAUAUCAACCACCGCAGCAAGCAACUUCAUUACAACAGCCUCAGCAACCCAUGCCACCGCAACAAAAUCAACCGUUGCGUAUACCGCCUAACGUUCAGAACCCGAUACAAUUGCAGCAAUAUCUUUUGCAGCAGCGCAAUAAUUUAAUGGCGCAAAAUCCUCUCAAUCCAUUACAGCAACAACAGCUGCAAGCCAUCCAAAUUGCAUUGCAACGUCUGGGUGAACAAAUUCGUCGUGCCGAACUUGCACAGCAGAAUGCUCUGAAUAACACAGGUUCGCCCAUGGCCCCCGGAGUUGGCGAUGGAAGCGCCGUCAGACCUACAGCCGAUAUGUCCAAGGGGAUGGCGGGCGUGCAGCAUAAUCUGCAGACGGCAAAUACCCAAUCGCUCAGUACUUUACAACAACAACGCAUGAUGCUGGCCCAGAUGCAACCUAAUCAACAGUCGCCGCAGCAAGCCGGGGUCCGACUACCACAGGAUAUGGCCGGCGGUAUCAAUCCCCAGUUGAUGCAAAUGGCACAGGGCCGAGUGAUGCAACCGCCGCAACAGCCCCAACAAGCGCAAGCUCCACCUUCGCAACAGCAGGGUCAGCCACAGCAACAGAUAGGACAACAACCACAGCAGCAGCAAGGCAUGAUGAUCUGGAGUGGUCAAAUUGUAUGGCACAUCAAAACGCCGGAAGGUAAACCUGAAGAAUUCAGCUGCCAUUGCGGUGCUUUUGCCAUUACACUCAAAGGGAGCAAUAUCGUUGGAUUGGAAGAAUAUCGACCGGACAUGUGGCCCGCGAGGAUUCAGAUCGCUGGACGCUCACCUCUUGUCAAGGCACAGAUUGUACAACGUCAGGCCAUUGAGAACAAAUUGCCAUUUUGUCAGUUCCGUCCUUUGCCGACCAGCACACAACAAGACCAAACUAAUUUCGCUUUGCUCAUGCGUAAUUUGGAUCAAAAGAAAUAUAUUGCCACGGUGGUCUUUAAUGCCGGUUCCACCCCUGACCAGUACCACGGUGUGGUACUAACGCAUUCGGCGGGCAAACUGGUGGGCAUCGUUUUUACUAGGAUUCCGUUACCGGACCUGAACAGCCCUGUGAUGCCGAACGCCAAUAUGGCUGCAGCGGGCAUGAACCUCAACAUGAUGGCUGCGAAUAACCCCAACGUUCAACAAAUGCUAAGAAAUCAGUAUUUGCAGCAGCAGCAGCAGCAGCAACAACAGCAAAUGUUGAUGAAUGCUGCUGCCAUGGGGACCAACCCGAAUCAACCGAAUGCUCAAGGUGCUCGACCGGCUGGUUUGAAUCCCAACAGCCUAUUAUUAUCCAAUAUGAAUCUCGGUAAUCCGCAGCAAGCGUUGCAGAACAAUAUGAUGAUGGGUAAUAUGGGUCAGUUGAAUCUAGCCAAUUUGACCCCUCAGGCAUUGCAAGAACUUCAACGCAAAAUUAUGAUGGCUCAGCGUCAAAACGCACAACAUCCUUAAUGUUGAUUGUAGGAUUGGGCAGCAUCACAUUGACAUCAUGUAAAUAUUUGAAAACGCAACAAAAAAUUAAAUACGAUGGAAACGAAGCGAACAGAAUCAUAAAUUAAUCAUAAAAAGUGUUGUUCCAAGUUUUAUUGCAACAAUGAUGGAAGACCAACUUCUGCAAAAAUACAGCAUAGCCAAAAAGUUUCAUGCUGUUACCGCGUGUGGCACACAGCCUUUAUUCAUUGCCUGUGACUUGGAC